AUGCUUGGAGGCUUUGCUAUUCUCUUCGUUCUGUUGGUUAUUUGGCCAACUUUUGUCGUCUCCAACAUAAGUUAUGUGGGCUACGGUCAUCACAUUUUAAAUGGGGAUAUAAUCCAGAUAAUGGGUACAGCAAAACGGAUUGUGAAAAGCAACGAAGAUCUCAAGGAGUACAAAGGCCCGAAUUCUUGCAAUGUUGCUUUAGACGAGAAGAAUGGAGACAUCAUUUUGAACUACAACAAAGUCAAAGAAACGGGAUGCGUUGUUGAUCUACUGACAGAUUCGUGGGAUGGUCAAUUCGAGUUUAACGCUACUGUGGAUAAUGGCGACAAGGAAUUGAAGGAAUGCCUUAAGCCUAGAUCUAGUGGGAAUGGGACAAAAUACAAGCUUUUAAUGCUUGGAAAUGAAGAAAUUCCUUCAACUACUUCAACAACAAAAAUAACAACAACGUCCAAAACAACGACUGAGACUAAGACAACAACAAAAAAUCAAGUGGAAACAACAUCAACAAAACUGGAACCUUCUCCAACUUCUCCGUCUUCUGUUACUAAAAAAUCUCUUUUUAUUAUCGUUGUAGUCAUCAUUGUGAUAUUCAUUGCUACUUUUAUCGUCCUUCUCCUCUGUCUAUCUCUAUGUUGCAAGAAGAGUGAAAAGAAUCAAACAGUUAAAAUGGCUACCGCUCGAAGUACAGACUCGUAUAUGAUUGCCGAUCGAAGCAAACCAAAAAUUGAGGCUUCUCCGACUUAUGAUGAUACACCAACACAAGUUACAUAUGCUACAGACCUUCAAGUAAAGAAAUAUGUUUCGAGUACAAAUAUUGAUGAGGGGACGACUGUUGUAGGCAAACAAACUGUUAACGAUACAAUGGAUGAUAAAAGGAUGUCAAACAAAGAUGAAGAAAGAUCCAAGGGUGAAAGUACUUUUGAAUAA